GCUUUUAUUAUUACAAAUGGUAACACCUAUUUUGUCCACCAUUUUCCUUUUCGUUGAAUGUUCCGUUUCCGUUGACAGUUCUUUUAGGUAAAAUCUUCUGAAAAUGAAGGCGAAAGGAGAGUUGAAAGAAUUCGAGGUCAUUGGCCGCAAGCUCCCCUCGGGGACCGAGCCAAAGCCUCCACUAUACAAAAUGAGGAUCUUCUCUCCAGACCCUAUUGUCGCAAAAUCCCGUUUCUGGUAUUUCUUGCGACAACUGAAGAAGUUCAAGAAAACUACCGGUGAAAUUGUUUCUAUCAAGGAAAUCCCAGAAAAGAGCCCCAUCAAGAUCAAGAACUUUGGUAUAUGGCUGCGAUAUGAAUCACGGUCAGGUGUCCACAAUAUGUACCGUGAAUACCGCGACCUCAGUGUAGGCGGCGCCGUCACUCAGUGCUACCGGGACAUGGGCGCUCGCCACAGAGCACGCGCACACUCCAUUCAGAUAAUCAAAGUGGAGGUGAUCAAGGCGUCGGCGUGCCGGCGACCCCAGGUGAAGCAGUUCCACAACAGCCACAUCCGGUUCCCGCUGCCCAAGCGCGUGCACCACCACAAACGCCUCAACACCUUCGCGUAUAAGAGGCCAAGCACAUACUUCCUGUAAUUUUAUGCGGUUAACAAUAAAAUCCAUGUAACGUGGA